AAAAAAGUGUAAACAUGAGACGAAAAGUUACGAAGCUGGCAGAUAAGAUGCUGAGCGACUUUCUUGAAGGUUUAUUUCAGUGUCUUACGUGACAUUUAACGGUUUUUUUUUUUUUUUUUCAAUUGACAAUAGUAAUGAAAUCACGUCUUAAGCUUUGUACUUUUGAUGUGACUAAUACUCUCUUGAAGUUUCGAACAUCUGUUGGAGAACAGUAUGCAAAAGUUGGUCGUCUUUAUGGCAUAAAAAGAGAACCAGACAAAAUAACAAAUGCCUUCAUGCAUUACUGGAAAAUUAUGAAUUCAGACCAUCCAAAUUUUGGACGAAAUACUGGACUUACUUCUCAUUUAUGGUGGAAGGAGAUGGUUCGAAACUCUUUCUCACUUGGACCAGAUGAACUUAAGAAUGGCCAGUUAGAUGCAAUAUCAGAUCAUUUAUAUGAUCUCUACAGAAGCAAUAUAUGCUGGAAAGUAACCUCUGGUUCUGAAGAACUGUUGAGGCGUUUAAAGGAGAAGCAUAUAGUGUUAGGAGUUAUAUCAAAUUUUGAUGAACGUUUAGAUUCUGUUUUAUUGGCGAAUGGUUUAAAGUCGUAUUUUGACUUUAUUUUAGCAUCUUAUAUAGUUAAAAUUGCCAAACCUAGCAGAGAAAUAUUUAACCUAGCGUUAAGCCACACAUCUGGAAUUACUUCUGCUGAAGCUUUACAUAUUGGUGAUAACAUAAAAUUGGACUACUUGGCUGCAAAAGAAGCUGGAUGGAAUGCAUUAUUGCUGUGUAGCGAAAUUCUAAAUGAAGAAAAUUCUAAGUAUGUUAAUCCAAAUGAGGUCGUAACAGAUGUUCAGCAAAUAGAGCAAUAUAUUUUGUCUAGCUAGGAAAUAUGGUGUGAUAUGGAAGUAACGUUCUGCGAAGUUUAGGAUACUAUAAAGUUAUUCCAAAUAUUUAUUCGUUUAAAAUUAUUGGUACUUUGUUUUAACGGCCCCAACGAUUUUAGAUUUGCGCCAAGAUCUCAGCUAUAAUUUCGCGAGGCUCGUGAAGUGCUAAUGGUAAAAAUAAACACCAUAAUAUGUAAUAAUACUCGCAUGUCGUUUCUUAAGAAUACUUUUAAGAAUUCUUAUCAUUAUUAUUUUAUCACAUGUAAUUGUUUCUGUCAACUGCACUGUCGCUCAUAUUGACCUGUUUGUUAUACGAUUUCAUGGACGUCAACUCUGCCCAAGGAUACAUAAAUCGGUAAAAUCCUAGUAUACGGCACGGCCUAGGCACGAUUUUGAAAAUUGUCGCCAAUAACAAAAUGACUCGUUUGCUGCUCAUCAUAAUGUCGACGAAAGUCGCUAAAUCCCGUGUGUACCGUAUACUAGGAUUAAACCGAUAAAUCUAAUAGCAGUGACGAACGACAUUCUGGAAUCUCUGAACGAAUUUCCAGCAUGGAAGCCCUUCUUUUUGCAAUUUUUAACAUUUCACCUGCAAAUGGUUUCGUUGUUAACAUUAAAGUUUCAUGUUGUGGCUAUUUUCGCAUACUCGUCUGUCAGGUAAAAGAUUUCUUUCUUGAAAAAAUGAUGUAGCAUCCUCCACAUUGCUUGGCAAAUUAAAGUUUGUUAACGUCAUAUUCACAAGAAAAGAGCAAUAAAUAUAUUUGUAGACAAACAAUGCGAAUUCGAAAACCUCAUAAAAAUGAAUAAUAUGAGAAACGCGGUGAGCGCAAAAAUGCAACACGGUGCUAAUAUAUGAUUACGUGGUGAGGUAUAAGAACACACAAUAUAUUUUGACGAGAUAUCUCGGUUGAUGGAGAUUCAAUCUCGGGGGCCGCUGUAAAAAAGAAGUACCAAAUUAUUUUUAUACCUGCGUGUAUUAAAUAAAAAGUUUUAAAAAUUUGAUUGUUAAUGCAGGAUAUUGCUUCUUUUGUGAAUGACCCUAUGCUAAGGAAAUAUCGGUUUCACCGGUGAAUGUCAACAUUCUCCAGAUUUCGGUGUUUCACCGUAACAUAUAUAUAUUUAAAUUUUCUUUCCAUAAGAGCAAUAAUUUUGUCGACUGAUUUAUCACUUCCUCUGCUUUAUAAUUUGUGUAUGUUUACAUCAGACUAUGUGACAUUUGUGUGUGUUCUACAUCAGACCACACAAAUCAUUGCCAAGAUAUUUCUGUGUAAGGAAAAUACAAGCUUCCAUAUGAAUGUGAAUUAAUAAGCAAUGAACAAAUGGGAGAAAAUUUAUAGGUAGAUUAUAUAGUUGACAGCAUAUUAACCGCCAAGGGAAGGAGAACUUAUGUAACAAACAUUCAAAAUUUGAAGGAAGAAGAAUUGAUUAUCAAUUAAUUCAUUAAAAUUAUUUAGUAAUUUUUAAAUCCAAUCUUUGUCACUGGUGUUACCAUCUUGUAAAAACAAUCUCUUUCGCUAAAUUAAAAUUGAGAAAAAAAUUUAACCAAUGAAGUUUAUUUAAAUGCAAACAAUGAAUUGAAAAACUUGUAAGAUUUUGUGUUCCUGUUAAUAAUUUUACAAUAUAAUGACGAUUUCUGGUAAAAAUAUUUAUAUUAUCUUAAUAUAUUUUUUUUAAUCAGGCGAAUUAAUUUUUUAUCUAUAAAAAAAAGUUGAUCGGGAAAUAAAAAGUUAGCAAUUUUUUAAACAUUUAAAUUUUUAAAUCACUUCUGAAAUGUAAUUCAACAUAUAAUUAGUAAAUACUGAACAGACGGGAAGAUUUAUAGACAAAUUAUUGGGGGGGAAAUUUGAACACUGUAUCAAGACUGAACUUUUUAGUCUCUCUUUAUUAUCAGCAACAAAACUUCCCUUGUGUAGAAUGUUUGCUACUUAUGAGUAUAUACUGUUUUUGAUAAAUCGUCAGUGUGUGAAAUUAAUUUUCAAUUCCCCCCCCCCCCGUUAUUAAAUUUUUCUGUGUGCUCUCUUUUUUUUUUUAUUUAUUUUUAUUUGAAACUAUUUAAUUUAUGUUGGUUAUAUUGCGUUUAUAUGUUUUAUGAUUUAAAAAAAAUCAAAAUUUUUUCAUAGAAAUCAUUAAAAUUGAUCUUAAAAUUUGGUUUAUUACGCGUUUUCAAGAAGAAACAUAAUAAAAGGUACAAAUUAAAUAAAUAUUGUACAUGCGACUAACCGAACUUAAUAAAACAAACUAUAAAUACAAGUAAAAUAUAACAAAUCUGUGCUAAAUUUCGUAGUCCGACCAAAUUUUGUGGUGCAAGAUGUCCGAAAAAUAAUUCAGAAUUAAGCUGAUGAAAUAUAGUAUUGCAAUUCAGGUUUUAAAAUGAAUAAAAGGUUAAUGGUUUUAUUUUAUGCCAACGACAGACUAAUAUCUGUACGAGCGAAACUGCCCUUUAGCAUAGAUAAAAAUGGGAAAUUGAAUUCGGCUGCACUGAAAACGUAAGAAAGAGUUGUUACGACAGCAAUGUCUGAUGUUGAAAUGUAAGGUUUCACGCAUGCUUAACCUUAAAUUUAGGAGCCAAAUUGAAUUUAGCCUUCUUAGCAGCACAAAAACAAGACCGUAUCUACGAAAUACGAUGCAGAAAUGCAUCUUUAUGUGCUAAUGGUGUAGCUGGAUUUCGUGGUCCUGAAACCUUAAAAAAUAAAUGUGAAAGCAAUAAAAAAGGCAUAAGUUCUCUAUUGAUAAAGACUGGGAGAUCGAUUCCAGGUGAGCUGGCUGCGUAAUUGGUUUCCAUGGUUUUGUCCUUACGUAACGUGAGUACGAGCCAGUUUGCUUUACUUCCAUAAAUGCAUCCUUCCCGACAGGCAGAUAGCCUUUGUAUGUUUUUCCAUUUUCAAGAAACCAACCUAACCUGUAUUGAUAAAGUUAUAUAAUGCUUUUGUGGUAUUCUGUUUUCCUUUUUGGGGAAGCUUGUAUGAGCAUAGUAAUGAUGUAUAUAAGAGUUCAUCAUCAUAAGCAGCAGAAACUAAUACACUGAGCAUACUGGUUUGUACAGGGGCAGUUUAUCCGAACUACAUUGCAUGUCAGCCUGUGUUUCAUGUAAACUGAGCUCACUAACAUAUUGUCUCACAUUUUAUGUAUCCUUUCAGGACGUUGAAAGUAUUCUUUGAAAGCAAUGUAAUAAUUGUAUUAUUCUGUAUAUCUCUCAGGUGAAACUUCUGUGAUGAGUAUGCUGAGUUCCCAAACCACGAAGCAUAUUAGUCUUUGUUUCUUCUAAGCCUAGCGCAAUAGCAUAUUAUGCUAUUUUUGUAAAGACCUUUCGUAACGAUGACAUUUUUCUUGGAGAAUCACUUUACUUCCGUAUGGAAAGUAUAUGUGGCGUAAGAAAUGAUAAUCAUGUGCGAAUUUUUUAAAACAAAAUUCUAAUGUAACUGUAUUAGUCCUUUAGCAUUAACAUUUAUUUAUUUAAUUAUAUUUAAACAGCUUCCCCAUCUUUAGCGUUUGUGAAUCAAUUUAAAGAUCUAUUUAUAUAUUAUUUGACCUAUUACUUAUUUCUUAUAGUGAAUUAAAUAAUUAUAAAAUCAAGCGAAAUUUUCCUGUUAUGUAUAUUUUGUGAUCUGUAAGGGCAGAUGCUUUUCUGAACUUUUUGUUGACGUAUAGAUUAUAUUUUUAAGCGUUUUUAUUGUUUACUUUUAGAAUUUUAAAUGCGUGUAUUUAUUCAGAAAGAUUGUAAACAUUUUUUGAUAUUAAUUAUUGUCAUUAAAGUAUAUUGAUAUAAUAUGUAUUGUAUUCAUUUUUAUCUCCGCUUUCUGUGCGAAAAAUAUAAUUUUAUAAGUUUUAUUAUCGAAAAAUUGUAGAUUCGAUUAAUAUGUUCAAAGAUUCAUAUAUAAUGUUACGUUAAUUUACACUAGUCAUCAAAACUAAGGGAAAAUGAGAAAAAAUACGCUCGCUAUGUUGCAACCAAUGUCCAAUGUUGCCCAACGAAUGCCUAAUGCCAAACAAGGUUGGACUGUAUGCAAGAAAACCAAUUGUUUUUGUCACACUCACUCCACCCUCCAGAGGGGCCCGUUUAAACUGGUAACGUCAUUAUGUUCACUGCGUGACAAGUAUGUUCAAUGUGUGUCAUUAUGUUCACUGUGUCAGGAUGAGUGAUUUCAGAGUGCAACAGUUUUCAUAUCAGUGGUGCUAUCCUGUGCCUUUGUUAAUAUUUCCGGUUGCAGCCUCGAGGGUCACACCAAUGGACAAAGAUAUAAAAGAAAUCUUUUCAUCAGGGUCAGGAGAUGGACACUUUGUUAUGUAUGAGUGAAAGAAUCUUCACCCCCCCUGGGAGUUCAGCGCAAGUAAACACAGGGAGAUAUAUAAGGUGGUUUCCUGAGAAGAGGGGACAAUUUUCCCGUUUAGAGCUAUAGCAUGUUGGCCUGCUGAAAACGAUCAUUCCUCAUGUAUAAUGCGUUAGAGCAUUUUUCCUGUAAAAAAAUUCUGAAAUCACGGGGCUAAAUAUACCUAAGUCCCAUAUUGUGAAGAUAUGCAACUGUUAAAGUUUUCAUCUUAUUAAAAUUCAUGUUAUUGUUAA